AUGUUCUCGACAGUCUUGUGUGCCAUUGCCUUUUUCAAUCUGGCGAAUGCCGACAACGGAGUGCAACCUGUGAUCAACAAGUUACAGUACGACAAGAUCAAGCCGUUCCCUGCCACUGAACGCGAUUGCCCCAUCAAUGAGAUCGCUUUAGAUUUCCAGCCUAUGCUCCGCAUUGAGAGCGGCUGUCAUCCAUACCCUGCCGUGGACGAAAAUGGCUACAUCAGUGAUGGCCUUGGGGUUUCGCAUUGGUUCACCGACUGCUUAGGUUCGCCAGAAGGUUCUCAAGUUUAUGGUCGUGCUCAUGUAUAUAAGGGGUAUUUGGCUAUAAUGUAUGCAUGGUACUUCCCAAGAGAUUUCAUGACCACACCUUUCUAUGUUGGUCACCGUCAUGGAUGGGAGCAUGCUAUUCUGUGGAUCGGAGGUUCAUCCGAAGACGCGGUAUUGCUUGCGGCAUCAGUCGAAUCCACGUUGAGCUACGAUACGUACAACCCCGUUCCGUCCAAGUACAUGAAGGGCGAUCAUGUCAAGCUCGAAUACACUUGGCUGGGUGUGACUCAUCACUACUUGACUGCCACGAAAGAAUCGGGAGAGUUCCAAGACUUGGUUAUGUGGGACAACAUGACUGAGAAUGCCCAUAUUUCGCUGAAUGAAAAGGUUUCGCUGAACUUCAACUCACCCCUCAGCGACAAGAGAUUCUUCAAGGCCCUUCUUAAAUCGUACCCGUUUUAG